CAUUUUCGAAGGUCAAUCUGGGGCAACGCCUCCUCUAGUUCUAGAGGAGGCGUUGUCUGGGGAUGAAACGUUGUCAACACUGCGGCCAUGCGGCCACACGUGGCCACACACGUAACAGGUGUUCUCUGAUGUAAUCUUGGUGACGAGUAACGUGGAUUGUGCUGCAGCUUUCCGACUAGGAGGGAACGGGCUUAACGAGGAGCACAAGGUCGGCCAGGAGGAACCAUCACCUGACCAGCAUGACACCAGUAUCUGGACAGACCCUGAAAACAUACUGCACAAGGUUACCAGUCAGCUCAAUGGGGAUUGGAAAGCUGGUCCGUGUUUGUGGGCAGUUUGGCCGACGCCUCAUGUCCAGCAGCAGUCGUGUGCACGAAAACCGCGGCCCAUUCGCUACGCUGAGUGACGUGGACGUGGCCACCUUUGAACGUCUGCUGGGACCGUCUGCAGUGCUCACUGAACCUGCAGACAUGGAGGCCUUCAAUGUGGACUGGUUGCGCACCUGCCGUGGAUCGGGAGCUGCCGUGUUGUUGCCGCGUUCAACGGAGGAAGUGUCUGCCGUGUUGUCACACUGCCACAGUCGCCGCUUGGCCGUCUGCCCGCAGGGUGGCAACACAGGGCUCGUGGGCGGCAGUGUGCCAGUCUUCGACGAGCUGGUCCUCUCGACGGCGCGUAUGGCCAAAGUGAACACUAUCGACCCAUUGUCCGGUGCGGUAUCAUGCGAGGCCGGCUGUGUGCUGGAGGCGCUGGACACGCAGGUGGCUGAAAAGGCCUCCCUCAUGGUUCCUCUGGACUUGGGCGCCAAGGGCUCUUGCCACAUCGGAGGCAACGUGGCCACCAAUGCGGGCGGCCUCCGGCUGCUCCGCUAUGGUCCCUUACAUGGUUCCGUGCUUGGCCUAGAAACGGUUCUAGCAGAUGGCACCAUACUGGACACCAUGCAGACGUUGCGCAAGGACAACACAGGCCUCGACCUGAAGCAUCUGUUCAUUGGCUCCGAAGGCAUCCUAGGUGUGAUCACGCGCGUCGCCAUUCAGUGCGUGCCCCGCCCAUGUUCCACGUGCGUCGCUUUUCUUGUGCAGGGCCAGGUCAAACCGUGGAAAAAGGAGCGCUUCCUCCAUGAGCAAGUCCGUGAUCAUGGUACUUGCAGCCAGGAAUCGACAAAGACGGAUGAUUCACCGGAACGGAAGGCUCACGGCAACGACAAGUGCAACUACCUGAGGUUCUUCCUGAAGGGCGAUGCAACUUUAGCUAUUGUGGGCCUGCCAACCACAGAAGCUUGUUACAAGGACACCAUAGACUUAUUCAAAAAACGCUUUGGUGACAGAACGAGACUCAAGCAGGAGUACUUCUCUAGGCUUCAUACGUUGCCUUCAAUCCGUUCAAGUGACCCGUCGGCUCUUCGCAAGUUGUACGACCAGGUCAUCAUCAACAUAAGAGGACUGGAGACCCUUGGGGAACUGUGGCGCCUGCGUGAGAGCAUCGGUGAAGCCCUGCGUCACGAUGGCUACGUAUACAAGUACGACAUCUCGGUGCCACUGGCCACUUACAUGGAUGUGGUGUCCUUGGUCCGCGAGCGGGUUCGAGGCACCUGCGCAAUGCGCGUGUGCGGCUUUGGGCACAUGGGCGACUCCAACCUGCACCUGAACAUUACCGCCGCUGGCUGGGAUGAUACACUGCUGCAGUGCAUUGAGCCGUUCGUCUAUGAGUGGACGGCCUCUGUGCGGGGAAGCAUCAGCGCUGAGCACGGAAUCGGUCUGCACAAGAAACGCUUCUUGCACCUGUGCAAGACGCCCGCUGCUCUGCAGGCUAUGCGCAGCCUUAAGUGUGCUUUCGACCCUCUCGGGAUUCUCAAUCCAUACAAAAUGCUGCCUCCGUCAAGUUGAGCAGUUUUGUUCGAAUCGGCUUUUGCAGAACAUUUUGUUGAACUUCUUCGAACCGCUCAAGUCGAAAGUGGGUCGGAAAAAACAUCAGGACAAUUAAACUUACGCGGUUUUCCCAUACUGUGAAUAGGAUACUCUUUUUUUCCUUGGGGUUAAUGCAGGAGUCGGACAACCUGUAUAAAUAGUUUUACUUUGGUGUUAAGGUCUCUCAGCAAGCCAGCCCCAGCACAAUGGACAUUAUCCCAGUGAGUCAAUACAGUCCCACGCGACUCUGCAUCCUGCAUGUAGCCUCAAUCUAAGAAAUCACUGGAUGAUAAUUCACUCACCUUUCAUGUUCACCUGCUCCACAAUAAGGUGAAAGAUCAUCUGAUAUAGUGCAGUGUAAGUUUAUCCUUGUAGUUUAUCCCUUUACUUAUAGCAAAAGCUCGUUAACCCGGAUCUCACGGGUCCGGUGAAAAUGUUCGAGUUAACUGAGUACAGAAUUAUCAAAUGAUCCAUCAAAACAAAAGGAAAAUGUACUCCGCCCAGACAAACCUUUACUUCAUGAAAAACUGCCUCACCUUUGUCUGGCUUGUCAUCGAAUAGUGCUGAACAAUCUUCUUCAACUCCCUGUGGUGGUGGUGUGCCCACUCGCUGUCAUGAAAACUGAUGCAGAACUCCGCGAGGACAGCGAAGGCUUCGGCGGCCUCCUGCACGGUGUGAUAUCGCAUCGGCUCAUCUUGAAUGUAAUCAUUGGAACAAUGAUUAUGAACCUUUUUAAGCACUUUCAAUAAUAUGUCAUCAUCAGUCAGCAAACCGGCAACGACCACACCAUCAUCAACACGCCUGAGAAUGUAAUGACGGUUUCUAUGUCAAAGCGCCAACUCGCCCAACAGUCAACUUUCUUGAUGUACUCGAGCUGCACAUGCUAUGCGCAAAGUCUCAACGCAAAGAAAUCAGCAGUGUAGGCGUCGCGGGCAAUCGGGUAGCGGCAGCUGCGCAAACUGUCCCGUCGUCCGCAAAUUUGGCACCAUGUUUGGCACAUUUCACAGACACUGGAUGUACUGUCGGUUCAAGCGCUUCUGCCAGGUGGUGACUGGUGCCAUCAGGCCACUUCCCUCCUCAUUCACUAUCAUCAUGAUCAUAUUCUGCUGCUCUUCGUUCAAUGUGGGUUUCUCCAAAACUUCGGUUCCGCCCGGCGGAGCCGGGACUUACUGCUUUCAAUAAUCGGAAUCGGUUACUGAAAGCAUGAAGCCGCCGAUAGCCCUCUCUGGAAUCGUCCGAGUCAUAGAGUUAUUACCUUUAUGGUCUGAGUGAACCGGUGCGCAUCUAAGUCUCUCUGAAUUAACGAGCAGUGUAUACAAUUGAAAUAUACACAGUUGUGCCGGGACUGCGCCACAUGUCCAAGUUAACCAAAUUUCUGAGCUCCGGAUAAACGAGCUUUUACUGUAUUUGUUUAUUCACAAUAAAUUGACAUCACGGUGAACCAUGCAGCUGGAGAAAUACGCACUGGCAAAUAUACAUGCACAAUUGGACCCGUUAGGCACAUAAUCUUUUAUAAAGCGUACGUUAAGCAAACGUAUCCUUGUAUCUAAAGGUAUUAAAAACUGGUGCACCAUGCCUUCA